CUGGCUCGGCCUCCCCUCUUGCAGCUGCAGGAGGACGAGCUGCGGGACGCGGUCUUGCUGGUGUUUGCUAACAAGCAGGACAUGCCCAACGCCAUGGCGGUGAGCGAGCUGACGGACAAGCUGGGCCUGCAGACGCUGCGCAGCAGAACCUGGUACGUGCAAGCAACUUGUGCCACGCAGGGCACUGGUCUCUACGACGGACUGGACUGGCUAUCGCAUGAGCUCUCCAAGCGCUAGGUGGGUGGCCAGGCGGCCCACAGACCAGACGAGCAUCGUGCCCACCUGGGAUCGCCCUUCUGGGUUUAGUUAGUUUUUUGGCUUUGUUUUUUUCUCCCCACUGUGACCUCGUCUUCAAUGAUCUGUGUGU